ACUAACAAGCAAUUUAUUUUGGAAUGAAGAAAAAAGGCAAACAAGCAAUUUAAAAUGAGACGGAGGGGCUACAAAGUAGCCUAUCAAAUUUUCUGAUUUGGUGUGAUUUUUAUUUUUUUCAUUCUUCAAAAGAAUUCUUUCCAGUCCAAUCUUUAAGAAUAGGAGAAGAUUUUGAUGAAAUGAAUCAGAAGAAAUCAUCACGAGAUCGGGCGGCAUUGGAUUGAAUCUGGGGGAUUUCAAUGGAGGAGGCGAUUCCUGUUCCAUACAAGCCGCGAGGCGCGCUGAUUUACGACGAAUCCGUGCUCUCCUCUCGCGUCGGCGGCGUCAAUGGAUUUGACCUAAUCUCGACCACAAAGAGGGCUUUUUCCUGGGAUUCCGCUUUGAUCUCCAGGCUCCUUCCCGGCUCGCUUGGGGAUUCCGUGAGGAAAUUGCCGCCGCCUGUUCUGGAGGAGGUUUCCAAGGAUUUGAAGCUGAUGCGGAAGCAGCGUGGCUUUGGCUUUGAUUCUCCGCCUCUGUGGGGACUCACGUCUAUCCGCGGAAGGCGGUCGGAAAUGGAGGAUGCCGUCGUUUCCCGGCCGUGGUGGUUCCCGCCGGCGACCCCUUCUCCGGUGCUGGUUGGUGGCGGAAGGAACCAAAGCCUGGCGGCGCACUUGUUUGGGGUUUUUGAUGGACAUGGAGGGAGUGAGGUUGCGAAUUAUUGCUGUGAGCGUCUCCAUGUAGCCUUAGCUGAGGAGGUGGAGAAGGCGAAGGAGGACGAUUUAGAGGUUGGAGGGAUUAAGUGGAAGGAGCAUUGGGAAAAGGCAUUGUGCAGCUGUUUCCAAAAAGUUGAUGAUGAAGUUGGAGGAGGAACCUCUAAAGGUGACAUUGCACCAGAAGCUGUUGGGUCUACAGCUCUGGUUGCUAUUCUUUGUCCCACACAUUUAAUUGUAUCAAAUUGUGGUGAUUCAAGGGCAGUCCUAUGUCGCUCUAAAUUGCCCGUGCCAUUGUCUGUUGAUCACAAACCAAAUAGAGAGGAUGAAUAUUCAAGAAUUGAAGCUUUGGGAGGAAAGGUCAUUACUUGGGAUGGGCAUCGCGUUUCUGGCGUGCUUGCAGUUUCAAGAUCCAUUGGCGACAGAUAUCUGAAGCCAUAUGUAAUACCUGACCCAGAAAUAACAUUCGUGCCCCGGGCAAAAGAAGACGAUUGCCUCAUUUUAGCCAGCGAUGGGCUAUGGGAUGUGAUGACUAAUGAGGAAGUAUGUGACGUGGCACGCCGCCGGAUUCUGCUAUGGCACAAGAAGAAUGUUUCUUCAGGGGCCGCCGCCACGGCUUCUAAAGAGAGCAGCAAUAAUGACGGAACUGACCCUGCCUCUCAAGAUGCAGCCGAGUACCUCACUCGCAUUGCCCUCCAAAGGGGCAGCAGAGACAACAUAUCUGUCAUUGUGGUGGACUUGAAGGCUCACAGGAAGUUCAAGAAGAAAGCAGCAUCGUAGCAAGUUUUUUUCCAGCUAAGAUGUUCAGACACAUUACUGUAAAUAAAGAUAGUUUUCAUGACCGAGACAGUCCCGGGGCGAGGAAGCUUCUGGAAGCAGACGAACCGCGUAACGUGCUCUAGUAAGAAAUUCUUUUGAGUUUCAUUCCAUGAUACUGAGUGUUUGUUUUGAGUGUUAAGGGCUCUCUUGUUUUAUGCUCUGAGUUCACCUCUCAUUUCUCAUUUCUAUCAAAUGCUUGAGUAUUUCAAAACAAAUAUGAAAUGAUUGUGAUGGGUAAUAUUGGAAUUAGCCCAAUACACUUGGCCCAAUUUAUCUAUCUAUUAAGUUCUUUUGUAGUACUUUUGAUAAAAUAAUAUAAUUACGUGACUUAU